UCAAAUCUAGUAUUAUAUUUUUAAUUAUUAUACAAACAUAUAUUUAAUGAAAUUAUAUAAAAUAAUAGCUAUACAAAUAUACACGUGUGGGGCGUGCAGAUUCAGAUUCACUGAUUUUUCCUACCCAUUCGCUGGUAGCCUAAAAAGCUAUUCCACCUACACGUGGACCUGAUUCCUCAACCUGAGAGAAUUUACUAACACUAGCCCUAGCAUGAACAACGCCACAAAAAGAGAGUUAUUGUGUCCCGCCGCUUUUCAUAGUAGCAUUCUGAUGCUUCCUAUAAGUACUUACGUAUCGGUUAUAUAUUUAAGUUGUUGUAAAGAUCGACAUUCCUUACGUACUACGGCACUCCGACGGGUAUCCUGCAGAAACGGGAUUGGAUGAUCUGAAGAGAGUUUAUGUGCAUGCAGGCCGCGUGAAUGAAUAUUAAACUUGCAUAAGUCAUGACGGGAUGAUUCACUCUGGAAGACCGUCUCUAAUAAAAUAAAUGUAAAAAAAAGCAAAAACAUACAACAUUUAAACCCAAUAGAGCUUAUUUUUUUAAUUAAAUUUCUAUUGUACAUUGUAAAUGAAAUAAUUAAUAAAAAAAAACGUGUGGCACUCGGGAACUGCCGCGGUAAAGCUUUUGCAUAGCAUUUUUUAUCAACUUAUGCAAUUAUAAUUAGACUAUGAUAAUUUAAUAUUAAAACGAUAAUAAAACAAGACCACGCUAUAUUAAACAUUAAUAAAAGGAAAACCGUAGCUGUCCCCUUCACACUCAUAAACUAGACCGCGCAAGAGAGAGAUGGGCAGACUUUUCAUGAUGCGCAUGCAGUGUGACGUCACGCCACGCGCUUAUUCACAAACACUACACAAGUGCAACGUGUGAAUGUGUUGAACGCGAGCUACAUGGUAGGCGGAGUGAGGGGUGUAAGGUUUUUUUCGUUACGGAAUUUCAUGAUUCGUUCGCCGCGCUCAAGGCCCGCGAUGAAAGCUAUGCAAUAGCUUAAAAGUUAAUAUUUUGAAAUAAUUAAAGUAUUGGUUUGGUACAAGUAUUCUGAGAUAAGGCUAAAGAUAUUGAAUUUAUUGUAUUGUAAAGCCACAGAAGUAAAGUAUACCAUAGACUGGAGAAGCCCUAUCCAACUAAGGUAUCAUGUUUAUCUGCUUUAUUUGUCCCACUAAGUGCUCAAGCAUGAACUUUAACAACUGAAACUGAAAAAAAUCUGCUGGACGAAAUUUCUCGGGCUCUUCCAAAAAGUCCACUAAUGCCACUGUAAGUAAAACCAUUUUACUGAGACUUCACUUCAUCCCAUUUCAUUAUCAUCAUUGAAUUUCAUCCCAAUCGAUUACAGUCAAAUAAAUCAACUUCACCUCAUUUCAUCCAUAUCAUUUUUCAUUUCAUAUUACUUAUCUGAAAAAUAAUUUAAAAAGAUAUGGCUGCAUGGUGUGAUUUCUUCGCCUUUACAGUGCGAAAAGUAAAACUACUCAACAACUGACAAAUGACAUUAGACUAAAACUGACAUUUUGUGACAGUUUGGCACAUAAAUCUAUUUUUUUGUUUGAAGCUGACAAUUUUCAACAAAAUAAUCAUAAAAUUUAUUUACCAAAUGUAGUGAAUAGUGAUAUUAGGAUCUUCAAUCAUACCGAAUCUGUAUCACAUACAGUGCAAGCGCAUCAAAACGGAGAAUGACGGAAACACGCCGUAAACAAUUGCACCUCGGGAAAUGCAUCGAAGAUCUGGACAAAUUACACAAUGUUCCAGAUUUGAAAACGAAACGAGCUAACCUGUCUUUGUUCAGGUUAUGCAAGACAGCACAGAAAUUGUUUGAAAGCGCCGAAGAAGCUCGGAAAAAUGGUGACGAGGAGUACUCCUACGUAUAUUACAUGAAAUAUUUGAGAGUCAUAGCCUAUCUGAGCAAAGAUAAGGAGUAUCUGAAGGAUAAGUCAUACUACAACAGCAUGCUGGGAGCUAAGAACCCUAACAAGGCUAUUGAUGCUGCUGAGAAACUAAAGAACAGUCUUAUAGACAGGUAUGCAAUGGAAUUGAAGCAGAAACGUCUAAAUGACAUAAAAGAGAAUGAGAUAUUCAAACAAAAGAUUGAGGAGAACAGAAAGAAGGCCAUUGAGGUCUCCAUCAAUGAGCCGCCUUCGACACCUGUCAACUUACCAGGUCCUGAUGAGGUGACCAUCAAAAGCGAACAACUCUAUUCAAUCUUGAAGGCCGGCAAGUUGAAGGUCAUGAUCCUUGAUGCAAGACCUGGGAAAGAUUACUUAGAAUCUCACAUCAGCUACCCGGCUUGUAUCAGUGUGCCCGAAGAAUGCAUAUCACCUGGUCAAUCAGCUAAUGUCCUAGAACAGAAUUUACCGGCAGCCUCCAGACCUGUCUGGAGUUCCCGGGCCUCGGCCGACCUCAUCGUGACUUUGGACUGGAGCUCCAGGGCCCCUAUACCGGGGACGCCGCUCCACUUGCUCAGGACCAUACUGCUCAAGUGGGACAUUAAAGUUCAGUACGCGAGACCGCCGCUCGCCCUCGAAGGCGGCUACGAGGACUGGCUGCUCAAGUACCCCGCGUCCACCACCAACCCGCAGGCGCAGCCGCCGCGCCCAGACGACUCCAUGGACGACAUGCUGGGAGACAUAGAGUACCCGAGCUGGGCGGAGCUGAGUCCGCCCGCCGCACCCCGCCGCGCGCCCGAGCCCGACCGCGCCACCAAGGCCGCCGCCGUGCUGGUGUACGACGAGCGCGCCCGCACCAUGCAGAAGAUCCUCGAGCAGCAGGAGGUCAUCGCCGACACCUCGCUCACCCUCGAGAUGCAGAGGAUCGAAGCUGAGCAGGACUGGGAGAAAGUUCGUUCGCAGCAGGAGACGGAACAACAAGACGACGUCAGAGCCAUGUACCAGCUCAGGGAGCAGGAGAUCAUCAGUCAGCUCAUGCAGCUGGAGAACAAGCAGUACGACAUGGAACAAGAGAACCAGAGUCUCCGCGAGCAGCUAGAGGAGUACCAGCGUCGGGAGCGGGACGAGGCCGCCCAGCUAGCCGAGACCAUCGCCAGCCAGGAGACCGAGGCCGACGCCGACGAGCGGGCCCGUGCGCGCACAGAGCUGGCCGCGCGCAUCGCCGCCGUGCGCCAGCAGCGGGCGCGCCUGGACCGCACGCGCGAGCAACUCGAGCAGCAACGGAAGCGGAAGCUGGCGGAGGCCAGGGAGAAGAAGAAGCCCGGGGAGGACAGGGAGGAUGACGGCGACGCAUACAUGGACGACAGCCCCGGGGCCGCCGCCCUCUCCCGCGCGCACUCCUCCCCAAACAUCGCCAAGAUGGAGGAGGAGGCUAGCGCCCCCCAGUUCGACCGCAGCACCAAGCCCGCGGCGCCCCCGCCCGCCGACCACGCGCACAGGGAUUUCCAGCCGGUCUGGGGGACUGUGGGUCGUGGGUUGACCGGCCUGAAGAACCUUGGGAACACUUGCUACAUGAACUCCAUUAUACAAUGUCUGAACAACACCGCCAUACUUGUCGCUUACUUCAGGAACGGGCAGUAUCUGGAGCACGUUAACAGGUCGGCGAGCACCCGCGGCGCCAUAGCAGAGGAAGUGGCGGCCGUGGUCAGGGCGCUGUGGUCGGGCCAGUACAGGUUCAUCGCUACCAGAGAUCUCAGGAACGAGGUCGGCAAGCAGCAGCGCGCCUUCCGGGGCUGCGAGCAGCAGGACUCGCACGAGUUCCUCACCAUCCUCAUGGACUGGCUGCACCUCGACCUGCAGUUCCGGGCCGACGCCCCCCCGCACAAGGACAGCCUCGCGCCCUCGGAGAAGGCUUGGUACGAGUACACCAAGUCUAAGGAGAGCCUCAUUCUGCGGCUGUUCUACGGCCAGAUCAAGUCGACGGUCCGGUGCACCGUCUGCUCCAAGCAGAGCGUCACCUACGAGUCCUUCUCCAACCUGUCGCUGGAGCUGCCGGCCAACGCCAACAGGUGCUCCUUAAGCGACUGCCUCAAGCUGUACCUGAGCGGCGAGACCAUCCCGGGCUGGAACUGCCCCAACUGCAAGGACAAGCGCGACGCCGUCAAGAAGCUCGACAUCUCCAAGCUGCCGCCCGUGCUGGUCAUCCACUUCAAGAGGUUCUACGUGGACCCCAAGGAGUACCAGGCGAACGCGUACAGGAAGAAGCAGACCUACAUCGACUUCCCGCUGGAGGGGCUGGACAUGCGGCAGGUCGCCCCGGCCUGCCCCGGCGCCGCCGCCUACGAGCUGUACGCCGUGUCCAACCACUACGGCUCCAUGGAAGGCGGCCACUACACCGCCUACUGCAAGAGCAGCCUCUACGGGAAGUGGUACAAGUACGACGACCACGUGGUCACCGAGAUCCCCGCCAGCGACGUCAAGUCCAGCGCCGCCUACAUCCUGUUCUACUCGUCCUGCGGGCCCGCGCGCGCCUCGUGAUCCCCCGCCCCCCGACACCCCGCGCGCGCCUCGUGAUCCCCCGCCCCCCACCACCCCGCGCGCGCCUCGUGAUCCCCCGCCCCCCAACACCCCGCACGGACCGGCUGAUGACGUCACGCGAGUUACAGUCCAGUGCCGGAUAGAUCGUUACUAGUUUCCUUGUUUAGAUUUAUGUACAUUGUACGUUGUAAUUAUCACUUUUUUUAAUUCAUACAUCAUAAACGCGAAGCAACUGAGUUUUAUACAUUCUAAUUAUAGAUUCGGACGUUGAUGUUGUGUGAUCAGUAGCACAGGGUUGCCAGUUAAUGUUAAGUAAUGAAAAGCUAAAUAAUUAAUUAAAAUCAUCUUAGUAAACUAUGUUCAUGAAAGCUUAGGGAUGGCAACGUCUUAGCAACACGUGGUGGCACACUGGUCUCUGGUCGCGCCACCGGGGACCAGUGCUGCUGGGUGCAACUCCUGCGGCAGGCACCACCGGGUCUCGACAGCUCCGACAGUGACCACAAAUUUCCCCAUAUCAAUUUUCAGUUGCGUCGCGUCGACAUAGCAAUCAAAAUCCAUACAGCCAUAUUACUUCGACAGUGGUACAAGUCACGACUCGCACAGAAAGUAUCCCAUCCCUAUCUCGAGUGUCUCAGUUUGCUAAAAACUAUGGCUCCCUCCCUGGCUAGCGGCCCACGGACACCAUGACACCAUUAACGAUGAAUUCGUCAAGUCACGAAAAACUAGGUAUAUGGCGCCCCUAGCGGCAAACGUAGAGAAACGUUCCAAACCUCAUACAAAUUUGAGUUAACUUUUACGCUAUCGAGAACGUUAAAAAACUCGCACUAAGCACACUGAUAUUUGUGUUUGGAGUAUAACAUUGCGGUUAUUGACCCUUGAAUGUUGUACACGUUACAUUGCUGGCCAAAUAUUAAAUGGAAAAAAAUUAAACAUUCCACCCUUCAAUAAAAAAUCAUGUUCGUUCCUAGUGUCGGCGAUGUACUCACAGAACAAGCGAGCAUAAGCCAGAUCCAAAAUAAGUUUACUAAAUGAAUAUUUAUUUGCGUUGGUAUGAACAUAGACCGCCCUGGCACUGUAGACCUGCUGUCCGUGAGCAACAGCGUGCGGGCGACCUGUCCCGGACUGCGUGCAGUUACAAAUACAGCUAGACUUCUCCCACUGUCGAGGAAUUCAACCGCAUGUGUCCAUCAAAACUAGGGUGCGACAGUCUCCUAAAAAUUCGAUGAUUAAUGAAAACACAUGAUACAAUAUAUGUAUUUUUAAAUUCUUGAAUACAACUGUCUGCGCGCUAAAAUUCUAAAAACAUUCUAAUUUUAAUAUUCGUUGUGAUUAUAAUUAAUUUAUUUAAUAAAUUUAUAUGAUGGUAUUAUCGUAGUGUAGCUUUUUUAAACCAGUUAAUAAUAUUAUGAGACUUGUGUUUGGGCGUGUCCCUGAAGUGCCCACGGGCCGCGUCACGCGUCGCGUGGACCUCUGCGUGAACACGUGGUCCCAUAGCCGCCGACCCCUGGGUACUCCCCCGGCCUCCAUUCAAAGUAAAUAAAAAAGACAUGUUGUAAUAAAUAGUCUUUGUAAAAGUACCCACAAAUUUUAAAUAAUUAUCUGUUCAAAGAAAGUAGUUCAUUCGUACUAUUUGAUGUGUUGUUUCAGACACCUUAUCUGUGUAUCGACUACGCACGAAGUAUACUUAAAAUGUCAUGUUUGUUAAAUUUACUUUUUAUUUUGUUAUGAUAAAUAUAAAAGAUCAAAUGAACCGAUCGGUUCGUUUUCUAAGACUCGUGAAUACAUUUGAUGAGAACUCCGACAAGUCUGGGUUCAAGUUUAAGUAACGAAUGUACAGAGACAGGCCCUAUUGUUUCUUUUAAAAGGAUAUUCGAAGGCCGCGUGCACACGAUUGUGUGUGUGAGUGUCACAUUUAACUUUAACGCGCUUAUUGUGUACGGUCACCUGUAAAGAGUAUUCUGAAAUAGUGCCAAUAAUGUACAUAGACCACACCUUCCUCGUGUCUACAAGUCUCCAGUCGUAGACAGUAUUAGGCCACUGGACCGGGUUCCUUUAACCAAUUACGUAUUUAGCUGAAAUAAAAUCGAAUCCUACUUAAGUAUUACGUGCUCGUCUUACGUUCGAGAUCAUAGUAUAAUUGAUUGAACGAAAAUUUAGUGCCUAAAAUGAAAAAUUACACUGAAUUGAUUUUCGUUCCCCAGAUUUUGUGAAUGUGUUUCAUAUUUUGUAUGUGUAUUUAUAACUAUUCUGUACACUUGUAAAUAAAGUACACAUUAUAAUGAUAUGUAUGUCUUUAAUAUUGUAAGACAGUUUAUUAAAUUCUUUGUUGAUAUAAA